AUGGACGAGUCCCCCAUGAUAGUUGGGCCCUGCCUGCCUGGUCCGGUCGCCAUGGGUGGGGAGAACGAAGCUGAAAGCCGGCAAGGCCCUGCGGACCGAGCCAACGGAGAGUCGCGGCUCAACCUCUUGGACACUUGUGGGGUGUGCGGGCAACAUAUUCAGAGCCGGCGGCCUAAGCUGCUUCCUUGCCUUCACUCGCUGUGUCUGCGUUGCCUGCCCUCUCCUCACCGCUACCUCAUGCUACCACCUCCCGCAGCCCCUUCGCCGGGCGGCGGCGGCGGCGGGGGCGGCGGCGGCCCCAAAGAUCCGCCGCUGCCGCCGCCGCCACCGCUGCUUCAGCCGUCCUCGGCACCUUCUUCGCCAGUCUCCACGCCGCCUUCGCCGUUGCACUGUAAUCCGGUUGGUGUUGUUCGCUGUCCAAUUUGUGGCCAGGAAUGUGCAGAGAGACACAUUAUUGACAACAUCUUUGUGAAGGAUACUACUGAGGUUCCCAGUAGUACAGUAGAAAAGUCAAAUCAGGACAGAAAAAGCAAAAAUAGGCAGGUAAGAGCACUCCUUUCUUUAGUAUUUCAUCCUCAGAAAAUAUACCAAUUCAUAGAAGAAGCCUUUCAGAAUCAAAAAGUAAUAAUUGACACUCUUAUUACAAAAUUGAUGGAAAAAAGCAAGUAUAUAAAAUAUACAGGGGAGCAGAUUCAAAAUAGAAUCCAUGAAGUGAAUCGGAAUCAAAAACUGGUGGAACAAGAUGUUAAAGUUGCUAUUUUCACAUUGAUGGUAGAAAUAAACAAAAAGGGAAAAGCUCUGCUGCAUCAGCUUGAGUGUCUAGCUAAGGAACACCGAGCAAAGCUUUUACAACAGCAGCAUGAAGUGUCAGGACUUUCUAAACAACUGGAACACGUUAUGAACUUUUCUAAAUGGGCAGUCUCCAGCGGGAGCAGCACAGCCUUAUUGUAUAGCAAACGCUUGAUUACAUACCGAUUACGAUACCUCCUUAGGGCAAGGUAUGAUGCCUUACCAGUAUCUAAUACUACCAUUCAAUUUCACUGUGAUCCUAGUUUCUGGGCCCAAAAUAUUUUCAACUUAGGUUCUUUGGUAAUUGAAGAUAGUGAAAUCCCACCACAUAUGCCUAAAAGCCCUGUGACGGAACCAAACAUACAAAGUGGGUUACCUUCAAAUCAACUAUCCAAGUUCCCAACGCAGAUCAGUUUAGCUCAACUUCGACUUCAGCACAUGCAGCAGCAGGUGCUUGCUCAGAGGCAGCAGGCACAGCGGAGGGCAGGUCCCGUGGGGCUCCCAGACCCUAGAAUUGCAGGGCCCAUGCACCAGACUCCUCCUCCACCACCACCACCUCCUCCUCCCCCUCCUCCUCAGCAGCCACCUCCACGUUUGGUAAACUUUCAGAAUCACAAUUUCAAAUCCAUUGGAUCAAUUCCUCUGGCUCAGCCAGUGAGGUUUCCUCAAAAUCAAAGCAUACCACAUUCAUCUGUAAAGCCAUCUCCACUACAGAUGGCAAUUUUGGCACAGCAAGCCAUUAAACAGUGGCAGAUCCACAGUGGUCAGGUUUUGGCUAAUUCCUCGAGUGCUAGCAGUACAACAUCCACUCCCUCCAGUCCCUGUGCUGCUGGAAAUGAUGGGAAGACUUUUGUUCCAUCUAUGAUUGAUCUGAAUUCAACAAUGAGUGGUUCCUGUACCUUGCCUUCUUUACCAGAUAUUGACUGUUCAGGAAGUGUACCAUUGGAAAGUAUUGGGAAGAGAGAAGCAUUUGCAGAGCACACCCAAACCAAACAAUCUUCACGCAAAACUGUGCAGUCUCCUAACUCUUCAGUUCCAUCUCCAGGACUUUCUGGAUUGGUUACUGUUUCUGGUGUCCAUCCUUCAAUGCGUUCACCCAGUGCCUCUAGCGUAGGAAGUCGAAGCAGCUCUACUUCUUCUGGCAAACCAUCAGGUGCAGAUUCAACCCAGAGAGUCCCUGUGGUCAUGUUAGAGCCUAUCAGAAUAAAACAAGAGUCUGGUGUGCCAAGUGAGAACUAUGAUUUCCCAGUUGUCAUAGUGAAGCAGGAAACAGUUGAAGAAUCCCGUAAUCAAAAUUCCAGGUUUCCAAGAGCCAUUCUUUCCUCAGUGUUACUGAAUAGCAGCCACUCCUCUGAAGCAUCAGUGUUGAGAACAGAAGCACCAGACAGUACAGGUGACCAACCAUCCAAUGGCAAGACAGCAUGGAUAGGAUCACCACAUGGGGGAGAUGGCAGAAAAGAUGAUGAUCCUAAUGAAGACUGGUGUGCAGUAUGUCAGAAUGGAGGAGAACUUUUGUGUUGUGAUAAAUGUCCCAAAGUGUUCCACCUUUCAUGUCAUGUUCCUACACUCAGGAAUUUUCCAAGUGGUGAAUGGAUUUGCACAUUCUGCCGUGAUUUAUCUAAACCUGAAGUAGAAUAUGAUCGUGGUGUCUCAACCCAUGUUUCUGAAGAAAAAAGAAAACUGGAUGGCAGUCUGGGUUUGGCACCAAUAAAUCAGAGGAAAUGUGAAAGAUUACUUUUGUACCUUUACUGCCAUGAAAUGAGCCUUGCUUUUCAAGAUCCAGUCCCUCCCACGGUGCCUGACUACUAUAAAAUAAUUAAGAAGCCAAUGGAUUUGUCAACAAUAAAGAAUAGAUUGCAAGCACAUCACACAAUAUAUACAAAGCCAGAAGAUGUAAUAGCUGAUUUCAGGCUGAUAUUUCAAAAUUGUGCUGAAUUUAAUGAGCCCGAUUCUGAAGUAGCUGAUGCUGGAAUGAAACUUAGUUCUUAUUUUGAGGAACUUCUGAAGAAUCUUUUUUCAGAUAGAAAAUUCUCUGUUCAGCCUUAUUGCCAUUCUGAUAAAAAUAGUCCAGCCCCAACAGAUGACUCAGAUGAUGAUUUUGUGCAAUCCCGGAAAAAACGCCUCAAAUGGGAAGAGCACCAUUUUUUUAAGUAAGCUGCUUAUAUGUACUCUUAAGCAUUUUUUACUUAAAUAUUUAUCAAUUUUUCAUUUUCUUAAAAUAAUUUUUGACAUCAUUGAUUUCUACAUAUAAGGAAUACUUAAUGAAAGUAAUGCCUUCCCCUGUUGGUAUAUAUCUACCAUGCUUAUUUGGAAAUGAAUUACACUCUCAGUCCAGUGUGUUUUGGGAGGUAAAAAAUUAAAAACAACUAAUUAAAUUAGAAUUGGAAAUUGCUAUUUCAAGAAAAUAGGGGUUUAGAAAAAAAUUAAAAUUAUCAAAAGCAUGUGGCUGGCCAAAAUUAUAAUUCUUUACAGUUUUACUAUACUUAAACAUUAGUCAUUGGGGGAAGAAAAGCACAUGGUUUGCUAUUGUCCUAAGUUCCUGAGAAGUACAAUGAAACUGUAGUUUCCCAGAUAAUGACUUGUGCCCUAAAAGCGUGGGCAGAUGAAUUAAAGUUCUU